GCGGGCUCGGGGGGCGGCGCGGCGGGGCGCGUCCCGGCGGCGGCGGCGGCGGCGGCGGGGCAGGACCCAGCCGAGCCGAACGGAGCCGAAGUGAACCGAACCGAGCCGAACGGAACCGAACAGAGCCGAGUCGUACCAAGCCGAACAGAACCGAGCCAAGCCGAAUUGAACGGAGCUGAACCGAGUAGAACCGAGCCGAACGGAGCCGUACCGAGCCGAAUAGAACCGAGCCGAGCCGAAUAGAACGGAGCUGAACAGAAUUGAACGGAGCCGAAGCGAGCCGAACGGAGGUGAACCGAGUAGAACGGAGCCGAACCGAAUAGGACAGAACCGAACCGAGACGGAUUGAACGGAGCUGAACCGAAUUGAACGGAGCCGUGCCGAGCCGAACGGAGCCGAGCGGACGCGAACGGAGCGGAACGGCGAGAGCGCGCCGGCUGGUGCCCGGCGGCGGGAGGCGGUAACCGUCCCCAUGUGGCGGACGCUGUCUCUCGCCUCCCUCUUCUUCCCGGGGCUCUUCGUCCUCUGCAUCCGGUUGCUGCGCGGCGCCGCCCCGGGAUGGAGCCUCAAGGACCGCAUCCUCCUCAGCGGCAGGUUGGUGUCAAUGGUCCAAGCUACGAUGGCAACGGCAUCCGGGAUCGUGGUUGUCCUUAACUGCAAGAACGUGGUGUACGACAGGCACUGGCUGGCCGUCGAGUACAUCUGGGUCCUCGUUCCCUACAUGACCUACGACAUCUACGUCAUGUACCUCUGCCACUGGCACAAGAGCCAGGAGAGAGGAGUGGCCGAGAAGAAGCACUCGCUGGCCAGCGUGCGGAGCUUCCUCCUGCAGGAGCGGCUGAUGGUGACCCACCACCUCUUUAUCCUCAUCGUGCUCACCCCCAUCACCCAGCACUUCAGGGGAGAGCUGGGGGACUUCUUCGUGGGCUGCAUCUUCAUAGCAGAGUUGAGCACGCCCUUCGUAUCGCUGGGCAAAAUCCUCAUGCAGCUCAAAAUGCAGGACACGCUCCUGCACAAGGUGAACGGGAUCCUCAUCUUGGUGACCUUCUUCCUCUGCCGUAUUCUCCUCUUCCCCUUCAUGUACGCGGCCUACGGCAGGCAGGUGGGAAUCCCUAUUUACAUGGUGCCUUUCCGCAUCCCCCUGCACUGCAACAUUGCCAACGCCUCCCUCAUCGCUCCCCAGCUCUACUGGUUCAGGCUCAUCUGCCGCAAAGCCGCGCGACUCUACGGCAGCUCACCCGCCGACAAAAGCAGAUAACGGCUCGCGGUGGCAGCCCAGCCAGGGCUGGAAAAGCAUCCGCCUCCCUGGCUCUUCCACCUUCAAUGCCAGCGCUGCAGGGACCAUCGCGGAAUUAGCGCUGUUUUAGCUGGAAGCAGCCUCGCCGUCUCCACUGCUGUGCCAGGCAGCGCCAGCCUGCGCUAGGAAGGCUUUCCUCCCACGCCGCUCCGCUGUCUUAUGUCCUCUCAGCUGUGGGAGCCAGUGCAGGAGCCAGCGAGGAGGAGGUUUGUCCAUAGGCACGACAUUCCUUCUGGGAUUCAACACUGCGGCACUGAACUAACGGUUAGAGGGGUUUGUUACAACCCUCUGGUGACCAGACACCAGCUCCAAGCACGGUGUGAAGGAGCCUGCAGCCCGGAGGCGAUGCUGGAGCGUGCCAAGCCCCACGCAGCGGCUUUGGGGACUGUGGGAGCCGUGUGGUGGACCUGCCGCAUCCUCAACUCACUCCUCCAGCUCUGGUUUACCACCUCCAGCUGAGAGCAGAGCCGGGCCCGUGGCAUUGUUCUGCACAGCCCGUUCCUGACCUUUCCCGAUGUCACCUCUACACUACAGCCGCCGUCAGCCUCUCGCCUCCCACAGACUCAUUUAAGAUUCCACUUAACUCAAAGGUGCUUUUCACUCCGACUGUCUGAUAUCUGUGGCUGGCAGUCCUGGGGUAGCGGGGCUCCGGUGUCCUCAGGAGGCUGGAGGGAGAGAAGCUUGCACCAGGAUCGAGGAAUGGUCGUGCUGUCUCAAGAGCAAUGCUGGUAGGGCACAGCACCCGUGGCUGAAGGGCAGGAUGGGGACAGGAGCCUGCCAAGCCCUCAUCUCACCAGCACAGAGCCCUUCGUCAGCAGGGGAUGCAACUUUCAACCCUCUUCCCUAAUGGCAGUUGCUUUUCUCUGCCCUGUGUCCCCGCAGUGGAUAUUCUAAAUCACCGAACACGCUCUGCCUCCAGCCACCCCCGGCAGCCCCGGUGGCACCCAGUGCGUACCAGUACA